UGGGGAGCGUGGGAGCGUAUCAGCUAGUCGCCUUCUCCGCUCCCUCUCCAAUUCGAAAAAAUUUCAAAACCCCACAAAAUUACUACUGUAGAUGACUAAACCUGAAUGGAUAUGAGAGAAGAAUCUCAUAAUCCAAAUGGGUAUCCCCUAUACUAUAUAGUAGCUUUUCUUCACAAAAUUCACACAUUUCUUUUGUGUCUUCCCUUUGUGCAAUAUGGAUUUUCAAUCCGUUCCAAUCUCAGGUAAAGGUCGGUCUUUAACUUCCAAGACAAAUCAGAAGGUCAGCAGGGUUAAGAAAACCAAUUCUGCAGGAACUCCUUCGACCCACUCUCACAGGUCUAAGCGCGUCCUCGGUAGCAGUAGAAGCACAAAUUGUAUGUUGAAAAGAGAACCCAACAAACCCUUAUCAAAAUCUUCGUCACUGGGGAAUGGAAAGGAAAUUAAUCAACAACGGCAACCCAAAUAUCCCCUAAAGUUGUCUUCAUCCAAGCACACCGACAAGGACCCGGUCCCCAUGGAACCUGAAGUUGCCGCAGAGGAGAACAAGCUCGAUGAAAUUAAACCCAAAACCAAGAAAACUGUCAGCUUUCAAGAACCUUUGGUCGAACACCUUGCCCACAUUGUGCAGGAGGAGGGUUCUGGCGCCUUCCAUACUCCAAUGUCGUCUUCUUCUUCUUCAACUGAAGAUAGGGUAAUCCCCGGCACACCUUACUACAGUGCAGAAACCUGCGGUAAAUGCCGGUUAGAUAGGAUCGACUCUUCAUCUUAUUGGGUUGCGCAAAUCAGAUUGGCAGAGUCUGUUGGGAAGCAUUUUUUGUCCGCGGCCUUCUUCAGACUUGCUGCCGAAUCCAAUGCUGAGCUGGUUCCAAGCCUUCGGAUUGAACUUAGGCGUUACUUGUCACGGCAUGGAUCGUUAUGCACAGACACUAAGUGGAGAGAGGUUUCAGUUAGCUAUGGAUGUGAAAGUGGUGUCCCAAGAAUUGCUAAAGAACAGAAGCAAACGACCCAUGAAGCAAUCUCAAGACAAGUACUUCUUCCAAGUGAGGUGGCUAUGGACUGUGGGGGGAACUAGGAACCAAGCUGCAGAAGCUGCUGCUGCUUCUACCAAAGGCCCAAUAAUAUACAGCCAAAGGAAUUACUGACUGAUAAUGGAGGAAACAAAUGCUUGUCAAGGGAGUUCCUGUUCCCUCAAGUGAACACAGGGAAAGAUAAGAAAAGGAUUAUCUUGAGUUAUUUAUGUCAACUGGUAGUCGUAGUUAUUGAUCAUUUAUGAUCUUGCAUGGAGGAGAGUAUGACAAGAUGCACUAAAUUUGAUAACAAAGAAAGCAAAUCCAGAGUGAGCAUCAUCUUUUCCAAUAUAAAAUACAGGGUGGUAUAGAAUUAGUAGAUUGAUUGUAAUCUCUUGGUAGUGAAGUAAUUGUAAUCUCUUGAUAGUGGUUUCUUAUGAUUUGCUUGGUUUGGUGUUCAUUUUUGCUUCUAAUUUUUGUAUUGGAUUUAAACACUGUACAGUGCUUAGAUAUCUCAAUAGAGCAUAUUGUCUUAUUGUUUGUC